AUGACAGCGAUGGAAAACCUCUACCAUGAGGAUGUCGUAAUUUUUUUCUCCAUCGAAAUGUUGCAGGGCAUACUGGAACUUUUUAAACACGCCAAUCACUUCAAAGGGGGGGUGCACAAAAUUAUGUCUUUAAGGAAUUCUGAGUUGGUUUUCUGUUCAGACGACUGCUUGGUGAGAGAAAGUGUAAAGGAAGGACAGGGACUGCAAAAAAGAGAGGAAAAAGAACUAGGAAUUGAGGGGAAAAAACUAUAUGGGAAGUCGUCGCAAAAUGGACAAGGGAAAAAGAAACUCUCGAACCACCUGUUCAACGAGAAAAACGUGAAUGACGAACAGAAGAUUAUCGGCGACGAGAUAGCCAAGUGCCUGUACGGAAACCGGAAAUCUUCGAAAGGUGCACACAAGCGCAAACUGGUUAUAGACGUAGUGAUACAAGCCAUCCUCUUCGCUAACAAAAUAGGGUUGGACGUGUACAAACUUAAUUUAUUUCUCUCCAUCAUUCUUAUGACUAUGCGUAGUAUCAGAGAUAAUUUAAGUGAAAAGAAAGGAAGAAAAAAAAAAACAAUUAAUUAUUUCUUCCAUAUGAUGAAUAAAAAUAUACAGUACGCUUGGAUUGCUCACCCAAGAGCGCAAAGCGAUUUCAUCAGGAACGUUGCUCAACAGGAAGGAUGUACUUACGAUGAGGAUGAAUCACACUCCAUGAACAGCAACAAUAUGGGAAGACUCUCCAACGAAAUCCCGAGGAAAGAGGGGAAACAUACUACCUCAACCAAACAACCAAUCAGCAUAAAUAUAAAACAGAAACCGGAAGAGGAGACAGACAACCAGAAUGGAAUGAGUACGAAUGAAUUAGAAAAAAAAGAAAUGGAUCACAACAAGGAAGACGAGAGUAAAGAUUCAAUUCCCCUGGAAGGAGAUGAACAAAAACGAGUCUACGCACAAUUUAUCCUCUUCCACAUUGAAGAAGCCAAGAACAUAAUAAAAUAUUUUUUUGAAAAUAUUUUUUCCAUUUACAAUAUGAUUGAAUAUCUUUUUCUAUUUUCUCCUGUGUGUGUACACGUGGCUUAUCGGGGUGGCUUCUCCCCAGUGUCUCCACCCGCAUGUCUCUUCACAUCGGAUGCACUGAAUCUUGGUGAAGUAGCCAAUACGAAUGAUGGGCAGAUGAUGAACCACUUCCACGGUGCUGAACACGAGGAACUUGCCACGAAUAUCUACAUAAAGGAGGCCCUGGAUGUGCCCCUCUUCGUUUUGAAUAAGUUCUACGAAAAUGUCGACCAGUUGGGGCGUAAGAUAGACGAAGUUUUAGUGUGA